AUGCUGACAGGAUACUGCGACGUAAAACUUGUACAGAAAACAAACAGAAACGCGACGUCCAGACACUAUGUGCAAGUUGGCUCCAUCACAGCAGCACAUUUCCGUGGUCAGGCAGUCUCGCAUGACAAACAGCUAGAUGGUAUGGUGACGGUGGGCUUAGGCCUUGGGGAGGUUGCGCAGUGUCCCAGCACAUUUGAACAAGAUAUCAAAAUCGCUGAUCAACUCGCCGGUCAGUCUUAA